CAAUAAUUUGUCAACGCGUCAUUUUGACAUUUGCUACAAUUUCCUCUCGUGUGGGAUUGUUCGGCGAGUGCAUGCGACUACUCCCGAAAUAAAUACUAUUACUGUAAAACAAGUGCAUAAACUGCUUUGAAAUGAAAGUUGCGUGCAGUAAAUCCAACCCACCGCUAGGUGGUUUGCUCGCUGUGGAGUUCUACAAGUCCUCAGCAAAACAAGUGGAAGUGACGUGGGAUGGCGAUUCCUAUGUAGUUAUGCCAAAUUCGUCUAAAAAGGUGCCAUAUGCUACCAGUAAUGAUCUGAUAAGAAUUCUGGAAAAUGCUUUCAAUAAAGCCGCGGAACCACUUCAGAGAGUUACUAUGAAUCAUUGGCUUUCAUUCAGCCUGAUCCUAGAAGAUGAGAUCCCCAAAUCCAUUGAUUAUUUGGACAAAACUCUGGGGCCUUUAACCUAUUUGGUGGGAGAAUCAUUAUCAGUGUCUGACUUGGCAGUCUUUAGUAUUUUGUAUGGAUCAGCCAGGUUUAAGGAUGUAUCAAAGAAAAACCCUCCUAAAAACAUUCUCCGCUGGAUGAAAUUGAUAGAAGCUCAGCCAUGUGUUGCUACAGUACUUAAAGAACUGCCUGCUGAGGUCCUGAGCAAUAUCAGCAAGGCUUCAUCAAGGAAAUCACCAGCAACCAAUGAGGGUGGUUCAGGUCGUCAACAAGAGGGCAAGUUUGUUGAAUUGCCGCAUGCUGAGAUGGGCAAGGUGGUCGUGAGGUUCCCCCCUGAAGCCUCUGGUUUCCUCCACAUCGGUCACGCUAAGGCCGCCCUCCUGAACCAGUACUACCAGCAGGCGUUCCAGGGCAAACUGAUCAUGAGGUUUGAUGACACCAACCCUGCCAAGGAGAAUGCUGAGUAUGAGAAGGUAAUCCUAGAAGACGUAGAGAUGUUGGAGAUCAAGCCGGACCUAUUCACUCACACCUCUCAGUACUUCGACCUGAUGCUGGACUACUGUGUGAAGCUCAUAAAGGAGGGCAAGGCAUUCGUCGACGACACUCCUGCAGAACAGAUGAAGAACGAGAGAGAACAGAAGAUUGAUAGCAAGAAUAGGAAUAAUUCUGUAGAGAGGAACUUAGAACUAUGGGAGGAGAUGAAGAAAGCUAGUGAUAUUGGUGUGCAGUGCUGUGUGAGGGCUAAGAUAGAUAUGCAGUCUCCUAACGGAUGCCUUCGAGACCCGACCAUAUACCGCUGCAAGCCUGAAGUACAUCCACGUACGGGGACACAGUACAAAGUUUACCCGACGUAUGACUUCGCGUGUCCAAUAGUGGACUCUAUCGAGGGAGUGACGCACGUUCUCCGUACGAUGGAGUACCACGACCGAGAUCCGCAGUUCUACUGGUUCAUUGACGCGCUCGGCAUCAGGAAACCUUACAUCUGGGAGUAUAGCCGAUUGAGUAUGACAAACACAGUUUUGUCCAAGAGGAAACUGACAUGGUUCGUGAAUGAAGGACUCGUCGACGGAUGGGACGAUCCUCGUAUGCCCACCGUUCGAGGAGUGCUUCGUCGCGGUAUGACCGUGGAAGGUCUUAGACAGUUCAUCACAGCGCAGGGCUCCAGUCGAUCUGUGGUCUUCAUGGAGUGGGACAAGAUUUGGGCUAUAAAUAAAAAGGUAAUAGACCCAAUAGCGCCUCGUUACACCGCUUUAGAAACAAACCCAGUGCCAGUAAACCUCAAAGGAGUAUCAGAGAGCACCUUGAACGUAGCUCUGCAUCCCAAAAACCCUGAUGUAGGGUCCAAGACUGUACAUGUAGCUGGCAGACUACUAAUAGACCAGGUCGACGCAAAGACCUUGAAAGAGGGAGAAAAUGCCACGUUCAUCAACUACGGAAACAUCAUGAUCGAUAAAAUUCACAAAUCAGCAGACGGCACAGUGACCAGUAUAGAUGCGACCCCUAACCUGGACAACAAAGACUACAAGAAGACGCUCAAGUUAACCUGGUUGGCGGAUACACCCAAGUCGCCGACUGUUGAGGUCUACUGCGUCUACUUUGAUCAUAUUAUAUCGAAGCCAUUGCUAGGCAAAGACGAAGAUUUCAAACAGUACAUUGGACAUAAGACCAGGUGGGAAAUCCCAAUGUUGGGAGAGCCAGAGUUGCUGAAGGUGAAAGUAGGAGAUAUCAUCCAGCUGCAGAGACGUGGCUUCUUCAGAGUGGAUGUGGCGGCCGCCCCGCCCUCCCAACAUACGUCGCGGCCAACCCCACUCGUACUGUUCCACGUGCCCGAUGGACACACCAAGGAGAUGCCUGGACAGCCAAAACCGGCAGCUGCAUCGCCAGCCAAGCAGCCAGCUGCAGCACCAGCAGCAUCUGCAGCCUCCGACCUGAACGAGCAGAUCACCAAACAAGGAGACCUGGUCCGCUCCCUUAAGUCCGCUAAGGCUGAGAAGGCCAAGGUCGACGAAGCCGUCAAGAUCCUGUUAGACCUUAAGGCCAAAUACAAGGCCGCUACUGGACAGGACUGGAAGCCAGGCGCGGCUCCGGCUCCAGCUGCAGCACCAGCGUCUCCAUCUGGUGACGCAGCGUCCCUAGACCAGGAGAUCACCAAGCAAGGAGACCUGGUCCGCUCCCUGAAGUCCGCUAAGGCUGAGAAAGCAAAGAUCGACGAGGCUGUUAAAACCCUGUUAGACCUCAAGGCCAAAUAUAAGGCCGCUACUGGACAGGAUUGGAAACCAGGCGCGGCUUCAGCUCCAAAAUCAUCCCCAAGCCCAUCUGGUGAUGCUUCAUCCCUUAACCAGGAGAUCACCAAGCAAGGAGACCUGGUCCGCUCACUGAAGUCCGCUAAGGCUGAGAAGGCGAAGGUCGACGAGGCGGUCAAGGUCCUGUUAGACCUUAAAGCUAAAUAUAAAGCCGCUACUGGACAGGAUUGGAAACCUGGUGCAGCCCCACCUUCAGGAACUCCAAAAGCUGCAGCAGCACCAUCGUCUCCGUCUGGUGACGCAGCUUCUCUGAACGAGCAGAUCACCAAGCAAGGAGACCUCGUUCGAUCGCUGAAGUCUGCUAAGGCUGAGAAAGCUAAGAUUGACGAGGCUGUAAAGACCUUGUUAGACCUUAAAGCCAAGUAUAAGACCGCUACUGGACAGGAUUGGAAGCCAGGUUCGUCUCCUGCGCCAGCGCAACAGAAACAGUCGGAGACAGACGACAGUAAGCAGGUCGCGUUACUCCUCAAGCAGAUUGCUACACAAGGAGACAAGGUCAGAAAGGUCAAGGCCGAAAAAGCUGAGAAGAACGUCAUAGAUGUUGAGGUGAAGAAUCUCCUGAACUUGAAAGCGCAAUACAAAGCUAUAACCGGCACCGACUGGACACCCGCCGCUGCGUCUGCGCCGGCUAAAGUUGAAACUAAGCAGGAAAGUCAACCAGCAGCUAUGAACGGUGGCAGCGCUAAGGCGACUGAGCUAGGCGCUCAGAUCACCAAGCAGGGAGACCUCGUCAGAGAACUGAAGGGAAAGAAAGCUGAUAAGGCCGUUGUAGAUGCUGAAGUGAAGAAGCUUCUAGAACUCAAGGCGUUGUACCAGGUGGAAACGGGUUCUGCGUUUGCGCCACCGGUACAGCCACGCGACCCCAAACCCAAGGAGAAGAAGGACAAACCUAAAGAGGCCAAGAAAGAGGCUAAAGCCAAGGAACAGUCACCAAAGCCAACCAAAGAAGAUUCAUCGUCUGGUGUGAAGAAAGUCACCAGGUUGGGUAUGGAAGCUAGCAAAGACACAGACCUGCCGGAGUGGUACUCACAAGUCAUCACCAAAUCGGAAAUGAUAGACUACUACGACAUCUCCGGAUGCUACAUCCUGCGUCCUUGGUCUUACAGCAUCUGGGACACUAUCAGGAACUUCCUCAGUGCAGAGUUCAAGAAGCUCGGAGUCAAAGACGGAUACUUCCCUAUUUUCGUUUCCAAGGCUGCCUUAGAACGCGAGAAGGAUCACAUAGCGGACUUCGCCCCCGAAGUGGCUUGGGUAACGCACUCCGGUUCCUCAGAACUGGCGGAACAUAUCGCCAUCAGACCCACGUCGGAGACUGUUAUGUAUCCCGCGUACGCCAAGUGGAUACAGAGCCACAGAGACCUGCCCUACAAGCUAAACCAGUGGAACAAUGUUGUGAGAUGGGAGUUCAAGCAGCCACAGCCUUUCCUUCGCACGCGUGAAUUCCUCUGGCAGGAGGGACACACCGCCUUCCGACUACAGGAAGAGGCCGCUGAAGAGGUCUUGCAGAUUCUUGAUCUGUACGCUCGCGUUUACGAAGAGCUGAUGGCUAUCCCCGUGAUCAAGGGUCGUAAAUCUGAGAAGGAGAAGUUUGCGGGUGGAGACUACACUACCACCGUGGAGGCCUACAUACCAGCCAGUGGACGAGCUAUUCAGGGAGCCACAAGCCAUCACCUUGGCCAGAACUUCUCGAAGAUGUUCGAGGUGGUGUACGACGAUCCCGACACACAGGAGAAGAAGUAUGUCUACCAGAACUCUUGGGGUAUCACCACCAGAACCAUUGGUGUAAUGGUCCUGGUCCACGGUGACGAUAAAGGACUGGUCCUUCCACCCCGAGUAGCAGAUGUCCAAGCAAUAGUAGUACCUUGUGGUAUCACCGCUUCAAGUACAACAGAGGAGAGGAACAAACUUAUGGACUCUUGCAAGGAACUCGUCAAAGACUUGGUCGCUGCCGGCAUAAGGGCUGAAGGAGAUUAUAGAGAUAAUUACUCGCCUGGGUGGAAGUUCAACCACUGGGAACUGAAGGGUGUACCAGUGCGUGUAGAACUCGGUCCCAAGGACAUGGCGCGCGGUGAGAUCGUGGCCGUGCAACGCUUGACUGGGGACAAGAAGACGUACAAACGUGCGGAAGCUGGGAAACUACUGCUCGAACUGUUGGACCAGACUCACAACCAGAUGUUCGAAAAGGCAACCAAAGAGCGUGAUGCGAGGUUAACCCUAGUAACGAAAUGGGAUGACUUCACCAACGCUUUGGAGCGUAAAUUCAUCUUACUGGCGCCCUUCUGCGGUGAGAUACCUUGUGAAGACAAAAUCAAGAAUGACAGUGCAAGGACGGAUGAUGACCCUACAACUGAGGUGAAGGCUCCUGCUAUGGGUGCGAAAUCCCUAUGUAUACCAUUCAAGCAGCCUCGUGAGCUCACUGCAGAAGAUAAGUGCAUCAACCCAGCCUGCACCAACAAACCCAAGUUUAUCACACUCUUUGGAAGAAGUUACUAAUUAAUUAAAAAAAUUAAACAAGAGCAACUUUUUUACAAAAAUAUAUAAUUUAUUAUUCAA